AGAGGGCGUUGGUGUUUCGUGUGGGAAGAGAAAGAAAGACGCGUCGUCUUUCACUUUGUCGAGGCAAGAAAAAAAAAACCGAGACGCGACGAAGAGGCGAUAGAGCGGCGAUAGAGAGGCGAGUCACGACCGGCCUUUUGGAAGGUACUGAUAUGGAGGAAGAACUCCGAGAUAUGAAAGCACACAAAGCGUACAUCAGCCAGGUUGAUUUCGUUGCAAAUGCGCAACAGGGCAUUCCCCAACUGUGCCCCUGUGGAUCAAUCAUGAAGAGGACCGUAGAUGAAGUUGAUACAUAUGACUACCUCCCCGGGAAAAGGUUCUUCAUUUGCAAAGACUUCGAGAAUGACGGUCUUCAUGUGUUUAGUACCCAAUCUCCGCAAGAGUCUACUGUGAAAGAAAGGAGAAAGUGGUCUGUGAAGGAGGAUUUAAUCGUCAUUGGGUCUUGGCUCAACACGAGCAAAGACUCAACUGUCAGUAACGAGCAGAAAGGUGCUGCUUUUUGGAAGAGAAUUGUGAGUAACUACAGCUCCAGUCCUCUUCUGCUCGGGACAGUGCCUAGAGAAAUAGGGCAAUGCAAGCAAAGAUGGGCUAGAAUCAAUGAUUUGGUCUGUAAGUUCUGUGGCUGCUACGACAUGGCACUGAGGGAGCAGAGAAGCGGGCAAAAUGAAAACGACGUCAUGAAGGCAGCCUUGGAUAUCUUCAACAGCGACCAGAACAUGAAGUUCACCUUAGAACACGCGUGGAGGGAGCUUAGGCAUGAUGUUAAGUGGUGCUCCACUUAUAUGGAGAAGGACAAUGAUAAGCGGAAGGCUCCUGAAGUGCAUGUGCCAGAGCCAGAAGAUAGACCAGUUGGUGUCAAGGCUGCUAAGGCCGCGGGUAAGAGGCAAAAAACUAGAAAAGAUGAGGAGUUCUCGCAGGUAGAAGGACUUAUGGAGAUGAAAAAGCAAAUCUCAAGGCAAAGUUUGUUGGAGAGGUUGCUUGCAAAGCCGGAGCCCCUCGAUGAGAUGGAAUCAGCUCUCAAAAAUAAACUGUUGUCUGAAUUGUUGUCAUGAGUGAUGGUGGAGUACAAGAGACGAGGUCACGGGUUGUCAAGAGUACAAGAGAAGAGGUCACGGGUUGUCUACUAGUUUCACGGAUUCAUGUAUGUUUUUCCUUGCGGAUGUGAACCAAGACAAGAGGUUCACGGGUGUUGUCUUUAUAUCUUCAAGUGUUGUCUUUAUAACUUAGUGUCUGUAUGUUUUUCCUUUCAUGUCUAAACUUGAACCAUCUAUGUAUCAAACUACUAUCAUGAAAUGCAGUUCCUCUUCUUCUUGUUGAUCGCAUCAAUUUGUCAAACACAAAAGACCAUAAAUUAACAAGCAUCAAUAUACAACAAGUUGACGCAACCAAGAAGCAACAAGCAAGUUAAUCCCAACCUGAUCGCAUCAAGUUGACGCAACCAAGAAGCAACAAGCAAGUAACAAGCAUCAAUAUACAACAAGUUAAUCCCUUAACUUAAACAUGUUUAAUUAGAAUUUUUUUUUUUAAAGUCCAAAACUCAAACACAAAAGUUUCAUUACUAAUUUAAUUUUUUUAAAGUCUAAACCUUAACUCACCAAGUUUCAUUACUAAUUUUUUUUUUUAAGUUUAAACUUUAACUCACCAAGUUUCAUUACUAAAUUUUUUUUUUAAAAAGUCUAAACCUUAACUCACCAAGUCGAUCGAAGAUUAGACGCGGCUUUGGAUGAGGCUUUCGAUGAAUAUUUUGAAGAUACCUACACCAACAUCGUAAAGAACCAAAAAAGGAAACAUAGGUGAAACCACAACACUUUCAUGUUUAACCAAUUUCACAGAAGGGGUAAUCCAGUUAUUUGGAGAUGAGUAUCUACGAAGGCCCAAUCCAGAGGAUCUUCAACGACUGCUCGAUAUUGGAGAGAUACGCGGGUUUCCUGGGAUGAUAGGCAGCAUCGACUGUAUGCAUUGGGAAUGGAAAAAUUGUCCAACCGCCUGGAAAGGACAAUACACCUGUGGAUCAGGAAAGCCAACAAUUGUCUUGGAGGCUGUAGCUUCACAAGAUCUUUGGAUAUGACACACUUUUUUUGGUCCUCCAGGUACAUUAAACGAUAUUAACGUCCUCGAUCGAUCUCCUGUUUUUGAUGACAUUUUGGAAGGUAGAGCUCCAAGGGUACAAUACCAGGUCAACGGACACCAUUAUGGUUUGCCUUACUACCUCACAGACGGUAUAUAUCCAAGAAGGUCAACAUUUAUCCAAUCUAUCUCAAACCCUCAAAGUCCACAAGAACAAUUAUUUGCUAGAGUACAAGAGUCAACCCGAAAAGACGUGGAGCGUGCUUUUGGAGUAUUGCAAGCUCGAUUUGCAAUAGUCAAAAACCCAGCUAUUUUGUGGGACAAGAGACAAAUCGGGAUGGUUAUGCGAACAUGUAUCAUACUGCACAAUAUGAUCGUAGAAAAUGAACGCAAUGGAUAUACUCAGUGUGAUAUAUCAGAGUUUGAAGAAGGCGAAUCGAGUAGAACUUCAGAGGUGGAUAUGUCAUAUGCUCGCAAGCCUUCAAAUUUGAUUUGAUUCAAAAUAUUUGGAACAAAUUUGGUAAUGAUGAAAAUGUUUAAUUGUUGUAUGUUUUUUUUUUGUGUUUCAAUAAAAAUAACAUUUUCAAAAUUUCUUGUUUAAAUUUUUUUUUUAAGGAUUCAAAAACAGAUAACACUAUUGGACCAACAUUUAUGAUUAGAGUCCUUAACUAUUCAAAAAAAAAAUAUAUAUAUUAAAUUAAUGCUAAGGACUCCAAUGGUGGGUAACAUUGAAUGUAAAGAGUUUCUAAGCUUUUACGAAAAUUGCAUCUGGGACAUUGAAUUUUCGAAGGCUCAUUGAGCCCAAGCACACAGUGUUUUGACAAUUAUAAGCCCAUACAAUAACUGAAUCAGAUGGACGUUAAAAUUUCCUUUGAAGUAUCAACUUGGAGUGACAUCCAUACCUUCCGCCUAUAUAGUCCAACAACACGAGAGAGAGAAAAUAGAAACUGAGAAGAAAUCAUUAGUAGCAGAUCAAAGGCAAGCUCCUCAUGGUUUUAUUUGGGUUUUGUGUAUUUUUUAAAAAGUCUCUUUUGAGUGUUUUCUUCACAAAUUUUCAAAUGGGUUCUGAGUAAUUCCUCAAAUAGUUGAAAUCUAUUCUAAUAUAUUUUUCUCCAUAGUUUUUUUUUUUUGAACUAUUAGAAUUCUCGGCUGUGCAUUUUUUUCCAUAGGUUUUGGAAAUGGUUUUGUGUAAAUUUUCAAGAAAAGAUUAGAGAGCUUUCGUAUAUUUUUGACAUAUUUUCUAGCAAAGAUUAAAUUUUUCAUAGUUUUCAAAAUGGGUUUUGACUUUUCAGUACUAUUUGCAAGGCAAGCUCAUCUUGGUCUACAAGAAGCGCUUCACGCUCCAUAGAUUUCAAAUGGGUUAGAGUAAUUUCUAAAAACGUUCAAAUCUUUUAGAAUGUUUUUUUCCCAUAGCUUAUGAAAAUGGGGUUUGUGUUAUAUUUUCAAGCUAAUAUUACAUAUGUUUGUUAGAUUCGAGUUUAACUAUGGGCUUCCAACUUAAAAACAAUUGGUGAUUAGUGGAUUGACCCUAACCCUUUAUAUAUUACUUAAUGUCCCUUAGAAUUCCCGAUGUAGGAUAUAUAUCCCUAAUACCCCUCCUCGAGAUGAUGGUUUUUAUCGGCCAGAAAUCUCAAAAUUUUAGGACAUUUAUACUCGGUCGAGAGAGUUUAACACAACUUUUAUACCCGGUCAGAAGGGUUAAUCACGACCUUUAUACCCGGUCAGAAGGGUUAAUUUUAAUUUUAUUCAGGAGUUUAGGGUAUUUAGGAUCUGGGCUCUGAUACCAUGUUAGAUUCGGGUUUAAUUAUAGGCUUCCAACUUAAAACCAAUUGGUGAUUAGUGGAUUGAUCCUAACCUUUUAUAUAUUACUUAAUGUCCCUUAGAAUUUCCGACGUAGGAUAUAUAUCCCUAAUAAUCUUCCAUGUAUUUUGAAUAGAUUUUCAAAAUGGGUAAGUAUAAUUUUUUUUUAAAGUCUAAAUCUUUUGGGUGCGUGCAUAUUUCACAGGCUCCUAGCUCGUUGAAUCAUGGUGCGCUUCUACCCUGCUACUCAUCUCCCCCAUUCUAGCGGUAUUAUAUAUCUUCUGAACCAAGCUCAAAUCUCUCUCUCAUAUAUUUUUUUUUCAAUAUUUACGUUAGUUAAUUAAUUCCCUUAUUUCUUUUCGAUGUUGAUUGGAGCAGAAGGAUUUUACGCUAUUAACAACCCAUUUCAGACAAACGGGCCAAAAUGGUUCAGCGAAAUCAAAUGGCUUGAUUUUGACAUGUACCUGAGGAUGGACUUGCCGGGGGUCGGAUCAGAUCCAGAUGUCGUUGAUAUUUCCGUUGACGACUCAAAGAAAGGUGUGACUAUCAAAGCCUUGGCGCCAUGUCUCAACAUAAAUGACUCCUUCCCCCGCAGCUACGAUACCUACAUCGGUCUCGGUUGCCAUUGCUGCGAGAUAUCUAGCGUCGACAAUCCUCAAGUAACCGACGGGGUUCUCAGGCUAAUCCUCUCCACGACCCCAAUCAAAGGCGACGACGGGGCUCCAGGCCCUCCCCAACAAGAAAUCCACAGCCUCCUUUUCCUUGGCACGGAUCCCUAUGACCCGGAGUCAACGGGAAAGAUACUGCAGCCACACCCAGGCUUGAGCGAAGGACCGGCUAGUGCUUAUGAGUACAAACAGCUCCUAGACGGCAGCGUAUACGUUCGUUUAGACAUGCCUGGCGUUUCCGACGUUGACAUCAAUGUGGACUUCGUGAAUUAUAGACUGAUUGUGGUUGGUGAUGCUCCUACCGUUAGCCACGACUCAGGUGGUCGGUCGUAAUCUGCUGUCGCGGCUCAGUUCGGCUAUAAUAUCUUUCCAAUUAACCCUCCUAGGGUGGAGCACAACGUCGAGAACGGUGUGGUGCGCCUCUUCAUCCAUCCAACUUGAUUUCAUUACGAAAACACGUUUGCGUUACGUAAUUAGAGCAUCAUUAACGGGGGUUCUUAGGACGGGGCUCUUAGCGGAAUAUAAGAACUCGACUCUUAAUUUUUAACUGAAAAUGCUAAGAGUCGGCUCUUAAAUAAGAGAUUUAAGAGCCGACUCUUAACUUUUUCAGUUAAAUGUUAAGAGUCGGGUUCUUAUAUUCUGUUAAGAAACCUGUACUAAGAACCCUGCGUUAAUGAUGGUCUUAGUUCCAUAUUCCGCAGAAGAUCUCGGGAUUAUGUCGUCUUUUAAUGUUUUCAUCAUUAUGUUCCAAAAUACGAAUAUAUAUCGUAUUUUUAACUAAUUAAUAAUAAAAGAUUCCACCAAUAAAAUACUGAUGUGUCACAGUAGCACAAUGGUGGAUUGUUUAAUGUUAUUACGUACACACUCACCAACAUAUCAAGGUAACCAAAAUCAGAAUUUGAAACUCAAAUGUCGUUGCUAAGCAUGUUGCUGAUUCAAAACUCGAAAGAAAGCAUAGAAGAUAAUUCAAUAAUACUUUUUUAUCUUAUGAAAUAUCCGAUAAUAAUGUACGUAAUUCAAAUCUUAUAUUUUGUUACUCUUGAAAGAUCAGACUUACUCAUCAAAAUUUCGAACUCAAACUCAAGUUUCGGGAUGAUGUACAGGAAGCUUAUUAAAGUACCAUAACAUAGCAAUUAAAGCAAUUUCACAUAUUUAUGGCAAUACUACAAUAUUCUUGUCGAUGAAUAGACUUUUUACUAUAUAUAGCAUCGGUCUGGCUGGCAACACAUGGAAAUCCAUUCAAGCGAUAAGACUAAGAAGAAGAUUGCUAGAAGAUGAUAAGGGAUCGAUCGAAGAAGGGAAUAUAUAAACAAUAUUCUUCUCCAAGAAGGCGAUCAUAUGAUACAAACGAAUCUUACCGAAAUAUUUUAUAUGCAGAUAUUACAGGAGUAGUCCUAAUAGUGAAAGGUAGUCCUAAUAGUGAAAGGGAAUUAACAUUAUUGUUUUUCUUUUCUACAAUUCACUUUUAGGCGCAUAAUUUUUCUUUGGACCAAAACUAUACUACAGAACUUAGGUUCACCCCCUAGGAUGAACCUUUAAAUUCACCCCAUCAUUUAUGACCAAUCAAAUUAACACAUAGAUUACUAAUUAAAAAAUAUUAAAUUAAAUAAAAAAUAGCUACAAAAAAUAAAAACGCUAAUUUUAACGAUGCUAACGCUUCCAUCUAAACGCUAAACCCUAAAUCUUAAAUUCUAAACCCCAUACACUAAAUUCUAAACUCAAAUCCAAACCCCUAAACCCAAACCCUAUACCCUAAACCCUAA